AUGACGGCGAUGACGGGCACGGCGGUGGUUCUGUGACUACACAACUGGGCUACCGUGGCAGUAGGGUACCAAUUGCGUAGCGUAGUUCCACUCUGACGUCACACUUCUGUCGCGUUGCCUGGCGCUUGCAGGCACUCACUCUCCGUGCAGGUCGUCGUCGUCCUCACCGUAGCAAGUCGUCACCGUCUUCGCGGAUGGUCGUGGUCCUCGUCGUCGUCUUCGCAGUCGUCGGAUCCCGAAAGCUCCUCUGGUGCGCGUUCGGCGGUUCGGUUUGGAUCCUGCCAGGCGGUGUGGAUUCCCUGGUUCGGGCCUGGCACACAAGUUUCCCGUGCCAACGCAACCAGAACGUAGCAAAGCUUCACUCGGUGCGGUCGUGUAACAUCCCACAGUCCCAACAAUACAGCGCAGCAGAAGAGCAGGAGGCAAAGAAAGGCAGGCACCAGAGGCAAAGAGAAGGAAAACUGUGCAUUUGUGUUUGGCUGUUUUGCCAAGAGUUUCGGCUGAGUUGUAGAAGAAAACGCGCUCGCCGGAUUAGUCAAACCCCGCGGGAGAAGUGCAGGCAUUACUUAUAUAGUAGGGCAGUGGCGUGCUUUCGUAUUCUCCUUGAAAUCGGUCAAGUCCGACACGGUUGGGGACACCACUGGAGGAGUGUAAGAGGCGUUCUGAAGACGCGACUUACGCGGACCGUCUCUUUGUACAGGUUUGUGGAAACAGGUGCUGAAACGCUUCAGUAGUUGAUUCGGAGAAGAAAAACAUCGGUGCUAGACGAACAGAACAAUCGGCGGGCGUGAAGAAGAACGGUGAAGCAGUCGAACAGUGCUAAACGCGUAGAAGCACGUUGACCGUGAGGAAGAAGGCUUUAAAUCUACGGAAGAAAGUUCGAGUGGUGGUGCGGAGAGAUAUCGCUUUCGCCGAGAGCCAAAAUCGCUUUUUGUAACAUUUUAUAAGUGACCGUCGUCGUCGUCUCGAGUGGAAUCUGUGGUGCGAAGAAUCCGUUUUGUCGCAGUUAUCGAGAGUUUAGUUUUCUAAGAAAAGCACUUUUUAACGAGCAAACUUGAAUCUAGUUAAAGUUGAUGUCAGUGUCUAGCGAAUAAGAGAAUUUUAAUCUAGCUUAAAUAAGUUUAUUUUUCUACUCUAAAUAAAUCUAUGAAGUUUCUGAUAGUAGAACUGUUUAAGAAAUAAUAAGUGAAACGUUUGAAAAGAUCGUAUCGGUGAAGAGUCUGUUUGUAUGCUGCAAUUGACCUGCAACUAGUUGAACUUGAAGAAGAAUCUCCGAGAAUCAAACUGACCGUUCAAGGGUUGGAAAUCGCGCGCGUGUGAAGGUGAAUUUGAACCGCUUCUUAAAUGGGUGAUUUCAUGUACGGAGGCUCGGUCCUGACGAAUGAUUCGUGUAUGUCCAGCCAAUCGCUGCUCGACACGUUGAGUAUUAACAAUCUGCUGAAUAUCAAGCAUCUAUCCAACGGAGCAGGUGUCGGCUCGGUAGGCGGUGGUCUAAGUCCCUCGGCGUCGGAGCCCUCGUCGAACGUGGGCAAUUCCAGUGUGGACUCAAUCGUCGACAACAACAACUCGACAAACGGUGGCUGUAAAUCGGGAAAGAAGUCAGCAAUGUCCACGACGACAAGCAUGGCAUCAUCCGGAGUCAGUGGCGUUGAUGAGACCGGACUGUUGAUUGCCCAUUCUCAAAUCGCAUCCAGCAACUCGGCUGUCACCAUUCCAACCAUCACGACAGCCAUCUCGUCCGAAUGCUCACUGACCGCAUCCAGCGUCAACACUCUGUCACUCCAGUUGAACGCGGGCCAAUCCGACGACGAUACAUCAACCUCCUCACUGCUGAACGGUGGAGGCUCCGGGACUUCACCAAUCGCUUCCCUCAACAGUCACAGCAACAAUAACAACAAUCCCAACGCCACCAACAACAAUCUCCUAAUGGAAAACUCCGAUCUACAUCUUCCCAGUGCUGCCGAAGAACUCAGCCUCAAGGCAGCCGAUCUGAGCUGCCUAAGCGUGACUUCCAGCCUCAUGAAUGGCGGAUCCUCUUCGCACAUGAUCCUUCCUCCGAAUGGCCUCAACUUCGGAACCGCUCCGGACCACAGCCCUUGGUCCACCAGCAUCGACGACCCGACCACCGCCGCCAGCUCCCAUCUCUCCAUUAACGGCCUCGGUGGAUUCCAGAACUACUCCAACAGCCACCUGUACAACGGUGCUGCCGUCGCAGCCGCAGCAGCCGCCGCCGCUGCCCAGCAACAACGCCGUGCCAUCACUGCUUCCCACGGAGGAUUCCCCCAUCAUGGCCUCUCCCCCAACAACCCCCAAAAUCACAUGCUCCAACACCAUUCCUCCUCCAACCCCCAAUCCCAACAACCCCAGCAGUCUCAGUACAAAAACUCCUACCCAACCUGGUCCAACCCUGCCCCAACCCCCUGGUCCCAACAACAACCACCCCAAAACCCUCAAAACCCCAUGAACUCCUGGAACCGUGGCCGCUCCGUUCCCAACAUGAACCUAGGCAACACCCUCUCCAACCCUCUCCACCCACGCAAACCCCACAACUCCCAACAGCAAUCCCUCUCCCCGUACUCCAACCACCUCCACCAGUCCCAGCAGCAACCGCACCUCCAGCAGUCCCUCGCCUCCAACCUGAUCAACUCGCCCUCCAAGUACCGUCGAAGCACUUCCUACCCGGCGGGCAAAUCCGGUCUACCCAGCGCCGGAAACGGCGCCGGUGGCGGCGGUGGUGGCCCCUUCGGUGCCGGUCCGCUCGAUUGCGUCCCGCCGCUGGACGACACCCGUGAUCCGUUCCUGUCAUCGUAUCAGCGACGACGGUCGCAGUCAUAG